CGGAGGUGAGCGGGCUGAGGAGUCGGAAUCACUUCGAGCCAAAUUGCAAAAGUCUCGUCUUUGACGAAGGCAUGAGUGGGGUGGAAGAAGUAUCCAUUUCCUGCCGUACACAAAGGCCUCCUUUGGUUUGGCCUGAGGACCUGGAGGGUGAAGAGACGGGCAAUAAGACGCUGCUACCCAGGAUUCAAUCUUCAAAUUUGGGCACAGAGUCCAGCCCAACCCCCUCACCAAUAGAGGAGAUCCAGGAUGAGGCUGUGGUGGAGAAGGACAUAGCCAGACCUGUCCAAAUUGUUGUGACCAACGAAGAUGAACAUAGCUUUGAGCUUGAUGCAGCAGCAUUGGAGGAGAUCCUUCUGCAGGAUCAUGUGAAGGACCUGAACGUAGUGGUGGUGUCUGUGGCUGGGGCUUUCCGCAAGGGCAAGUCCUUCCUAUUGGAUUUCAUGCUGCGCUACAUGUACAACCAGAGCGGUAAGUCGUGGAUUGGGGGAGAUGAUGAGCCAUUGACAGGUUUCACCUGGAGAGGAGGCUGUGAGAGGGAGACCACGGGCAUCCAAGUCUGGAAUGAAGUUUUUGUGCUUGACAAGCCUGACGGCACCAAGGUUGCAGUGCUGCUUGUGGACACCCAGGGGGCAUUUGACAGCCAGUCAACCAUAAAAGAUUGUGCUACUGUGUUUGCCCUCAGCACUAUGACCAGCUCUGUGCAGGUGUACAAUCUCUCUCAGAACAUACAGGAGGACGACCUUCAGCAUCUACAGCUUUUCACAGAAUAUGGUCGCCUGGCUAUGGAGGAGAUCUACCAAAAACCUUUUCAGUCCUUGAUGUUCCUUAUUCGUGACUGGAGUUAUCCAUAUGAACACAGCUAUGGCUUGGAAGGAGGCAAUUCCUUCCUGGACAAAAGACUACAGGUGAAACAGAAUCAGCAUGAGGAGUUACAGAAUGUAAGGAAGCACAUCCACUCCUGCUUCUCAAACAUUGGCUGCUUCCUCCUGCCUCACCCUGGGCUCAAAGUGGCCACCAACCCAUACUUUGAUGGCAGGCUGAGAGACAUUGAUGGUGACUUCAAGCGUGAACUGGCAGAGCUGGUGCCUCUCCUUCUGGCCCCAGACAGACUGGUGGAGAAGGAGAUUGGAGGCAACAAAGUCUCCUGCAGAGAUCUCCUGGAGUACUUUAAGGCCUAUAUAAAGAUCUACCAAGGUGAGGAGCUGCCACACCCCAAGUCCAUGCUGCAGGCAACAGCAGAAGCCAACAAUUUGACUGCUGUGGCAGGAGCCAAAGAUCUGUACGGCAAAAACAUGGAAAUGAUUUGUGGAGGGGACAAGCCAUAUAUUGCCCCAGCCGACCUGGAGCGUUGCCAUGAGGAGUUCCGUCAGUGCUCGGUGCGACACUUCCGCUCUGUGAAGAAGAUGGGUGGCGAGGAGUUCUGCCAGCGCUACCAGAGUCAGCUGGAGGCUGAACUGGAUGAGGCGUACGGGAACUUCACCAAGCACAACGAUGGCAAAAACAUCUUCUACGCAGCACGCACGCCUGCCACAAUCUUUGCCGUCAUGUUUGUUACCUAUGUGGUGUCUGGAGUGACCGGCUUUCUGGGGCUGAAUACCUUUGCAGUGCUGGCUAACAUGGUCAUGGGUCUGGCGCUGCUCUCUCUUUGUGCCUGGGCGUAUGUGAAGUAUUCUGGAGAGUUCCGAGAAUUGGGAACACUCAUAGACCUGGUGGCAGAGACACUUUGGGAACAGGUGUUGAAGCCACUAAGUGAACAUUAUAUGGAGGACAAUGUCAGACAGACGGUGGUUAACUCUAUCAAAGCCAGCUUGACAGAGCAGGGCUCACAACACACCAAGUUAAAGACUCACUGACCCUUCUCCCAGUCGUCCUCCCUCUUCAUGUUCACUGCCCUCUCACCCACUCGCUAGAUGUACUAAGUCCUAGAACUGUGGAACUGUUCAAAACCAAAGCUGAUCCACCCUUUCCUAAAUGUCUGUCAUGUCCUCCACUCUAAACCCCACUUUCUCAAUGCUGUAGUGGACCUGUAGGCUCGCUGGCUGCUCCGCUCUAUUCUGCGCCCCGGUGGCUAAAAGGAGAAAUGGCAAGUUCUUGAGGAGAGCAAGCAGAGCUGCCUGCAUUGCCUUUUACCAAAAUAGGACCUAAAGGAAUAUCGUCCUCUCCAUUGUGCCAUAUUGUGAUAGAAGCAUCCGCUCAGCCCAGUAAAGCGUGUUGUAACACACUGGGUGCAGACACACACACACACACACACACACAUACACACACACACACAUUUAAAAGCUGUACUCUUAAGAACCACAUCCUUGUGUGUCUGACAAUCAGCAGUAAGCUGGCAGGACACCUUUUAGGAUUCAGCAGUAUUUCAGGGAUAACUGACACGGCUCUGAGCAGCUGUAUAUAUAUAGAUAUAUAUAUAUAUAUAUAUAAUGGAUGCAAACUAAAACUGUUCUGAGUCCAUGUAUUAAAAUGGUCAAUCAUGUCUUGUCUAAAAUCUUUAGACAAUACAGGUCAGAGUUCAGUUUAACUUUCUGUUAAUCUUUUUCUUCAAGGUUUCUUAUUAAAGCACAAAUGACUAAUUGACUCACAAAUAGUGUUUGGAUGAUUGUAUCAUGUUUUUCAAAAUAUAUCUUGAGCAUUUCCUGAAUUUAUCAUUAUGAAAGUAAAUUGACAGCAGCAAGCUUAUCAGGGCUAUUUGAAUCUGCUGUCAUGGUGGGCAUAUGAAUUUUCAUGUAAGUUUGAACUGACUGGAUGGGUGCAGGCAAGAUGGUAAGAUGUCUGUCUUCUCAUAUGUUGGAAGGUAUUCUGCCUCCACUUUUUAGUUGUUUUUUUUUCUCCCCAGACAAGGAUUGGCUCUGUUAUCAAGGCAACAUUUGUAUAUUCUAAGUCUGGGUUUAUGGUUAUUUCUAGACAUGACUUUUGUACAUCUGGCUGCCAGCCACUUCCUUUUUAAUGUUGCUGUGAUGUGGACCUGUGAAGGACUGUAGGAAGCUUUGAGUUUAUCAUCUGGUUAUAUUGAAGUUUUUAGGAGAACUGAUGUGUUUUACCUGGCCCUUGUGUUUAGUAGUGCCUAUGUUGGCUCUCUGCAUGGUUUUAAGAGAUACUGUACUUACACUAAGCUAGCUAGGACCUUUAGAAAGCCAGCCUUCCAUAGCCAGGGAGAAAAUAUUUCAUAUUUUCUGUUCCACUGCCUUUCACUAAAGCCACUCUAGCUCUGGGUUUCCUAUGUAGCAUUUCUAGCACUUGGAGUUCAUGCGUCUGUCAAUCAAAGAUAAUUUUGUUGUCGGGAACCCCUGCUUGAAAGGAAAUAGGUGGAUUUUCUAGAAGCUCAUAGCAUUCAGUCAGUCUUGUUGUUUGGUUUAUGUGUUGUUACAGGUGGUAUGUCUUUUAAUUCCUGGCUACCAAAUCAUUUAGGCUGACAAGUUCCUUUACUACAGGAAGUCUCAAGUCAGGGAAUAGACUGUCUGUGCGUGGGUGCUGCAAAGCCUUGUUUAAUUCCUCCCACUUUCACUCUUCUCUUUGAAACGCACUUGAGGACUAUAGAGGUCUUUAAGGAGGAUAACCUUGUCCCCUGUGUAUUUUUAAAAAGGCAUAAGAACAGUCCCGCUCUGGCCUUUUGAAAAUUACUCCAAAAUUGGCCCGACUAUGGUUGGCUUUUUCAAUACAAAAGAAAAAUCACCCGUUGUUUUCAAUUCAGAACUAAUGGCAAUGUAAGUCAUGUCUAAGCUCUGCUGUACUAAUUCCAUCCACAACUGCCUUGCCCCAUGUAUGAGAUCACAAUAUUUAAAUAAAAUUUGUAUUCAAUUUUAGUUUGUUGGUCAUUGUUUUCCUUUGAUCAACAGAAAGUUGGUGUGGUCUGUUUAACUUGAUGAUGUGCAUGUUGUCUCCUUUCAUCAAGUUGAAAGUUCAGGAUCUCACCUUCUGGAAGAAGCUGAAUGUUGAGAGCAGGUCACGGAUGGGUCUCUUGUCUGCCUCCUGAAAAGAUUUCCUGUAAUUUAUUUUUACAACAUGUUUACCCUGUUAAGAAUAAA